AUGGGGUUAAACCAGGGAAUCUGGUACUCAAAUCCGGUGACCAAAGAGUAUCGCUGGCUGCUGUAUUCAUAUAGGGGUGGGUUAGGCUCCCUGUCCCUGCGCUACCGCAAGCCUGACGGCGGGGGCGCUGUGCAGGCAUGCAGAGCGUUUGCGUUCCGAAAGCGCGUGUCCCUCGCCGCAUGCCGUCGUUCGCGCGGCCGCCACCGCCCGCGGAGCGGGAGGGGCGGAGCUGGCUCUGUCCGGGCUCCCGAGCGGGGAGGCUGCCCAGGAGGAGGUGCGGCGGGUCCCAGCGGCCGAGGUUCGGGCGGAGCGACUGGAGAGGCUGGCAGGUGGUGCUGGCAGCGUGGGGAGAGUGGCGCCGUGGGCUGGGCGCUCUUGGCCGGAGGAGUUCACUCCAUGCGUGCGGGCCAAGCACGGCCCCUGCGAGCCGUCGACAUGAAGAAAGACGUGCGGAUCCUGCUGGUGGGAGAACCUAGAGUUGGGAAGACAUCACUCAUUAUGUCUCUGGUCAGUGAAGAAUUUCCAGAAGAGGUUCCUCCUCGGGCAGAAGAAAUCACCAUUCCAGCUGACGUCACCCCCGAGAGAGUUCCAACACACAUUGUAGAUUACUCAGAAGCAGAACAGAGUGAUGAACAACUUCAUCAAGAAAUAUCACAGGCUAAUGUCAUCUGCAUAGUUUAUGCUGUUAACAACAAACAUUCUAUUGAUAAGGUAACAAGUCGAUGGAUUCCUCUCAUAAAUGAAAGAACAGACAAAGACAGCAGGCUGCCUUUGAUAUUGGUUGGGAACAAGUCUGAUCUGGUGGAAUACAGUAGCAUGGAGACCAUCCUUCCCAUCAUGAACCAGUAUACAGAAAUAGAAACCUGUGUGGAGUGUUCAGCAAAAAACCUGAAGAACAUAUCAGAGCUCUUUUAUUAUGCACAGAAAGCUGUUCUUCAUCCUACAGGGCCUCUGUACUGCCCAGAGGAGAAGGAGGUAACCACCAGACUUGUUUACUGGAAUGUAGGAGAAACUCUAGUAUGAUAGUACUUUUUAGUAACUCUUAUGUGUUUUUUGCAAAAGUUAAACUUUCAAAAUUCAAAAUUUAUUACUUUAUUAAAUAGCAACAUUUUCUUAGUA